AUGCUUAUGACCUCACUGGACUUGGGAAAGGAGGGAGCCAACAUCUCAAAGCUCAAGAAGAAUUAUAACAAGGCUAUUGAACUGCUUGUGGAAUUAGCCACUCUUCAAACGUGCUUUAUCACUCUGGACGAGGCUAUUAAAGUCACAAACAGAAGAGUGAACGCCAUUGAACACGUGAUUAUUCCUCGAAUUGAGAACACAAUCAAUUACAUUGUAACGGAAUUGGACGAAAUGGAAAGAGAAGAAUUCUUCAGGAUGAAAAAAAUUCAAGCCAACAAAAAGAAACAGAAGGAAAUUGAAGCUGCAGAACGUGCUGCUGCUGGCGUUGACGUAUAUCAAAAUUCGAAUGAACAUGAGAAUUACGAGCCGAAAAAUUUACUAGCGGCUGAGGACGAUAUACCAAUAUUAUUCUAG